AUGCCUGCCACCACGGCGGACGCACUUUCCCUCGUUCAGCGCACCGUCACGGUCGCUCCGCUAGUUCUUCUCUCCGUCGCAGAUCACUACGGCCGCUCGGCCAAGGGUACCCGGAAACGUGUGGUUGGUGUGCUGCUGGGUGAGAACUCGGGCCAGAAUGUCCGGGUAUCGAACAGCUUUGCGGUACCCUUCGAGGAAGAUGAGAAGGACCCCUCCGUUUGGUUCCUAGAUCACAACUUUGUCGAGUCGAUGAGGGACAUGUUCAAGAAGAUCAAUGCUCGUGAGAAGCUGGUUGGAUGGUAUCACUCGGGCCCGAAGCUGCGGGCCUCGGAUUUGGAAAUCAACGAACUCUUCAAGCGCUACACACCGAACCCUCUGCUGGUGAUUGUGGAUGUCCAACCGAAGGAAGUCGGCGUUCCUACGGAUGCUUACUUUGCUGUGGAUGAGAUCAAGGAUGAUGGCACCACAACAUCAAAGACCUUCGUCCACACCCCGUCUAUAAUCGAAGCUGAGGAAGCUGAGGAAAUUGGAGUGGAGCACCUUCUCCGGGAUAUCAGGGAUGUCGCUGUCGGAACCCUCUCCACCCGCAUAACGUCGCAGCUUCAGUCGCUGCAGGGUCUGCACCUGCGUUUGCGCGACAUCGGCCAAUACCUGCAGAAGGUUCUUGACCACGAACUCCCCGUCAACCACGCCAUUUUGGGCAACCUCCAGGACGUCUUCAACCUCCUCCCCAACCUUUCCACACCAGCCGCCACGCCGCGCAUCAGCGGCGCGCCCGAACAGCCGACGGAGAACAGCGAGCUCGCACGGGCCAUGAGCAUCAAGACCAACGAUCAAUUAAUGGCGAUCUACUUGAGCAGCUUGAUCCGCGCCAUCACCGCAUUCCACGACUUGAUCGAGAACAAGAUCCAGAACCGGCAGCAACAAGAAGAGAACGAGCUGAAGAGGGAACAGGAGGCCAACGCGGCCAAGACCGAGAAGGAGGCCGCGAAGAAGGCCAACAGUGCCGCCAAUGGAGAGCAGAAGGAGGGUCAAGACAAGGAGAAGGCCAAGAAGAGCCAGAAGGAGUAG